AUGUAUCUCUUAUACAAUAAAUUGUCAGGCGUGUUGGUCGAACGCUGUCAAAUGUUUCUCUCCACACUUGGCGCACGUGCUCGGCAUUUUCAACCGUCCAAUACUGCUAUAAAAUCAACUUUCUUUGUCAUCGACUCAAAUUAUUUGCCAUCAUUCAGAAUACCUACUUCUUUUGUAUUUUCCUUUCUUCUUCCUGUGUCAUUUUCUUCGAUUUCCUUUACGCUUUUAUUUUCAUCUUUUCUUUUUCUUCGUUCUUUUUUUUUAGUUUUCAUUAUCCUGUUCUUUUCUUUUUUCUUUUUCGCUACUACAUAUUUUUUUGUAUUAACCUUUCGUUUUCCUUUCUUUAUUUCUACGUUUCAUUUUUUUUACCUUUCAUUUUCUUCUUUUUCUUUUCAUUUUCUUUUUCCAUUUGAAUUUAGUUUAUCUAAUUUUAAUUUCCUCUUCCUUUUUUUCUUCUCUUCCUUUUUAUUUUCUUUUUUCUUCUCCUCCUUUUUUAUUUUCUUUUUUCUUCUCUUCCUUUUUUAUUUUCUUUUUUUCUUCUCUUCCUUUUUUAUUUUCUUUUUUUCUUCUCUUCCUUUUUUUUUUUAUUUUUUUCUUCUCUUCCUUUUUUUUUUUAUUUUCUUCCUUUUUCUUUCUUGUUCUCUUCCGUUUUUUCUUUUCUUCUUGCUCCUUUCUUUCUUUCUUUCUUUCUUUCUUUCUUUCUUUCGUUCAUUCUUUCUUUCAUUUUUUCUUUCGUUCAUUCUUUCUUUUGUUCAUUUUUUCUUUCUUUCUUUCUUUCUUUCUUUCUUUCUUUUUUUCUGUUUCUUUCUCUCUCUCUCUCUCUCUCUCUCUCUCUCUCUCUCUCUCUCUCGCUACCCUUCAAUUUUCUCCUCCUUCAUUUUUUUCUCACCUCCCCCCACUCUAACUAAUUUUAUUUACUUUUCUCUCACUCGCGUAUGUUUCCUUCCUCUUUUUCCUCUUUUUUUUUUCUUGUCUACACUCUUUUUCCUUUCGUUUAUCCUUUCUAAUGCUCGCUUUAAUUCUAUUUCGCUUUCUUUCUGUUUCCUUUCGCUCGUUCUCUUCGUCCUCUGUUUUCUUAAAAUUCUUUAUCUCUCUUUUCUUUCUCUAUCAUAUACUCUUUUUUUUACCGUUCUGCUUCUCUUUUCCUUUCUCUUUCUCACUUUUCCUCUCUUUCUCACUUUUCCUCUCUUUCUCACUUUUCCUCUCUUUCUCACUUUUCCUCUCUUUCUCACUUUUCCUCUCUUUCUCACUUUUCCUCUCUUUCUCACUUUUCCUCUCUUUCUCACUUUUCCUCUCUUUCUCACUUUUCCUCUCUUUUUCUUUUGUCUUUCCCCUUUUAUUUUUUCCUUUUGUUUCUCCUUUGCUUUCGCCCUCUCUUUUACUUUUCCUCCUCUCUCUCUCUCUUUUACCCAGUCUAUCUCCUUUUUCUUUCUCUCUGCAUUUUUCCUAUUCUCUUUCUCCUUUUUUUUCCCCUUUUUAUUUUCCUGA